AUGAGUUGUUUAAAAUAUAUUGAAGAUAGUAUCAAUUCAAAUAUCAGAGUAGAUGGGAGAACUUUAUCAACCUACAGAUCUAUAGAAAUAAAUAAAAAUAUUUUAGUUUCAGCAGAUGGAAGUAGCAGUGUUAUGAAUGAAGAAAAUAACGUAAUUUGUGGAAUAAAGCUUUCUUUGUUAACUCCUAAUCCGGAUGCAUACGAUGAAGGUUUUGUUAAUUUACAGAUAGAUUGCCCAGCAUCUAUUGCUACAAACAGAAUAAAAAAAGAACAUUUACAAACUAUGACUUCAAUUAUAUAUGAUCUAUGUAUAAAAAAUAAUAUUAAUAAAAAAAAACUUUGUAUUUUACCUUCAAAGUUUGUUUGGAAUGUUGAUAUAAAUGUUAUGGUUUUGAAUGCUGGAGGAGGAUUAUUAGAUAUUAUUAGUAUAGCUAUAUAUGUUGCUUUAAGGAAUACUUCCUUACCUGUUGUUCAUCCUAAAAAGAAAAUUGAAGAAUCAGAUGUAUUCGGAGAUACUCAAAAUAAAGAUUAUCAGUUAGAAAUUAUUGAUAAUCAGGAAACAAAAUUUCCCUAUGAAAACAUUCCUAUAUGUAUUUCUAUUGGAGAAAUAAACAAUAAAUAUAUUUAUGAUAUGUCUAAAAUUGAAGAAGAGUUGGUUGAAAAUAUUUUUGUUGUAGCUAUUACAUCAAAUGGAAAAUGUGUAGCAUUUCACAAAUUAUAUGGUAUUUCAAUGGAAAUUUCUUCCAUAUUAAACAUAGCUGAAAAUUCGUCAAAAAUUUCGCAUAGUCUUUUUGAGAAAAUUAAUGAAGCAAUUGAUAAAAUAAAAAUAAAAACAUCCUUUUUAUAA